GCAGCUUUUCACUCACAUGUAUGACUUUUCAUAAGAGUAAUAGGGUUAAAAAUUAACCCUGAAAGCUGGUGUAUCUCCUGGAGCCUCAGUGUUCGUAUAUAUAAGGAAGUGACUCCUCUCUCGUUCACCAGAGUGUUUGUGGCUGCCUUACAAUGCGGAGCGUGGAAUCCAAAAGUAUGAGAUUCUUAGUAUUGUUACCGUGCUUCCUAGCAGGCUGCCUGACUCAGAAGCCUCACCCAUGCUCAAGUCCUCCUCUCCUGAGCGGAGCCCUCACUAUAACCACACAGAAUGAAAAGCUGUGGACUUAUGCCACAUACCUGUAUGAUGCGAUUGGACAACGGGUCCGGAUCAUGGAGCUGGGCACUUAUGAGAAUAAGUCAUUCACCUAUGACGCUCUUCUGCUCUACAAAGAGGCUACCAUGUAUGAGAUCAACGACGUUGACCGUACAUGCAAGAAAAAGCCUCUGAAAGCAGACUUCCAGCCUAUGGCAAUCCCAAAAGAUGCCUCACUGCUAAGCCAGGCUGUUCUGGGCAGCUCGUCUGGACCUGGACAAGGACUCCUGGUCAACUGUUGGGUUGGAGAGCUGCCAGACAAAUCAGGAAAGUACAUGACCACAGUCACUGAAUUCGGUUGCAUCCCUGUGAGCACUGAUUACCAGACAAAGGAGUAUGGAUGGUUGGUGACAAGCUUCUUCAACAACAUCAUUGGGAUAGAGGACCCCGGGAAGCUCAACCCUCCAGACUUCUGCCAGGAUGCAGGGCUGAAUGCUGACAGCGAAGAAGAGCCUGUAGACUUCUUCAGCGUGUUCCUCAAACAGCAUUGAGGCCUUCAGCACAGCAUUCCUUUAACUAAUGAUUUGCCAUUAAACAAGUGGAGCUACUGAAUCACGGCUUUGUUAGGUGGUAUACAGCACACCUACUCCUGCUAAUAACGUCUUUUUCCAAGCAUCUUGAGUUGAGCAUCUCAGACCAAAUUUUGCAGAAUUUGCCAUAUGUUUUUGGGUUGUUUUUUACAUACACUAUUUCUGUCUUUACCCAACCCAAACCCCAAUGUUUUCAUAGUGACAAUGGGUCCAAAAAACUCCCUCUUUCUAUCAAUUUGCUGAUGUGUGACCAUGUGUAAUUUUAAUCAAUAAAUAUAUUAGAACAAUAAACAAAUGCA